UCCAGCAGGAGUCCAGUAGAAGAGAGUUGUCUGAUCUCCCUCGGAACUCCCAGACCCCCCACAGCAAGUUUCUUCGUGUUACCUUAACCUUGACCAGAUCCGGACCAGCACCAGGUCCAGAACAGAGCGGCACCUGGACGAGAACCACCCCCAGGACCAGGACCGGGAUCACAUCCAGAGCAGAGACGUCAUACAGGAUCGCAGCAUGAGGCUGGGAACAAGGCUGUGUGUGUUGGGGCUGCUGUGCCUGCAGGGCUGGGCUGUGGGUCGAGGCCAGGCUGUGGAGGAGGAGACGACUGGGCAGGUGGACGUCCUGGCGUUCUGCGACGACCCUCAGGUGAAGGAGGCGGUGGACGGGGCCCUGAAGACGUUCAACAGCAGGAUGUCCAGCGGACACAAAAUGGCCCUCUACCAGAUCACACAGGCCACCAAGGCUGUGAACGAGUCAGGGACUGUGGUGUCAGCGCUGUUCAACAGCAAGAGGAGUAACUGCCCAGCAGAGGGCGACAAACCUUGGAGUGAAUGCGACUACUUAGACGGAUCCAAGGCACCCAGUCCUUGCAACACCACUGUGUAUGUGACAGAGGCAGAGACAUUGGUUCAGGCCGUGUUCUGUGAACUAGACUCCCCCGUGGUGCCGGUGAAGUCCCCCUGUAUGGGCUGCCCCAUGGAGAUCGACCAGAACAACGAGGACCUGAAGGCUCCACUGUCUUUUUCCCUCCAUAGGUUUAACUCUGAGUCCAAUUCCUCCCACUUCUUUGUUGUCAACAGCGUGGGGUAUGCUACCCGGCAGGUGGUUGCAGGAUUGAGAUUUUCUAUUUGGUUUGAUAUGAGGAAAAGCAACUGCUCCAAGGCGGACAACCAAGAACUGCACUCAGCAUGCCAUCCGGACCCUGACGAUGUGGAGCUGGCCCACUGCAGCUCCACCGUGGACGUUGCUCCUUGGAGACACGAGCUUCCAGAAGGCAGCGUGGACUGUAAACCAGGACCCAUGCCUCCGACCGUUUUCACCAGGCGCCGUCCCCCAGGCUGGUCCCCUCUGAGGAACGUUAUCGAUUUCGCCCCCACCAACCCCGCCCCCACUGCCAAGGAGGAGUCCUCCGAGGAGUCCCAGGAGAAGAGCGGCACAGCCAAGCCCACCCAGGACCUCUCCGCCCAGGCCGACAGCCCCUUCCGCUGCCCCUCCAAACCCUGGAAGGAGUUUGUCCCUCCGACAGCAUCUGUCCCAGAAGAGACGACCGUCAGCGGUCCUCCAGAGGAAGAGGUCUUCGGGGAUGCAGACCUGCAGGCGUAG